AUGGUGCUUUCCGCAGUUGCACCCACAGCUGAGUACACCUCGCUUUGGUUGUCUAACUCCACUGUUCAACCCGUGCACGCCGACCACCACAACCUGCAAGGAUCCACAAAUGUAGUCCUCCCUUUCAAGCUCCCGCCUAACGGAGGGGAUUUGUGGAUAGAACUCAAGUCUGGUGACCUAGUCAGUGGCCCUGUAGAGGAGCGGGUAGACGGCAAAGGCAGGCGCUGGUUAGGGACAACUCACAAGUUAGAGCGCGGUAAGCCCUUCUUCCUAGACCCUACUCGCCGCCACGCCACCACUCCCUGGAAGGGUGAGAGAGCAGUCCUUGUCGGCUACACUGUCAACACGUUAGGCAAAGAGCUUGAGCACGAGUUUCAAUUACUUGAAGCUUUAGGUUUUCCACUCCCAGCGUCGGUACGUUUACCGCUGACUGAGCAGCAAGACGUGAGACGUCUAGACGCGUUUGACUGCUUCGAAGAAGAGCCCCUUCAGGAGACAACGGCACGUCACCCUGACGGGAAGACUUCUGAGUUAGUUGAGGAGGAGGAGGGCUUAAGCGAAGACUCCUUGCCGGAACAGCCAGUGCUGUGGGAGUUGUGGGUUCCAGACCCGCAGACAGGUGAGCAGCUGUGUGUUCUCAAGUCUGACGACUCGGCCUACAGUGAAAUUCAAGCUGUGGGCACUGGGACCGUGGCGCAGCAAGACCUGCAGCUGAGUGCCUUCGCUGUCCUGCUCGCCUUCUUUCAGGUCGUAGGUGCUGCCAGCCAGACAACGGACGAGGAAGAAGACUUGUCUCUCCCCGUGUCGCUUGAUGCAGAUUUGAUGUUGGCAGUAUCCAUCAUCUGCGUUGGUAUCUGCUUCAUUGCAGUGUGGGAGUUCUUCAAGUGGUGCCUUCAAGGCGUCAUCUCCCGCCGAGAGGCAGGGACACCCGUGUUGUCUCUGAGCCCCCGGAAGGCGCGCAAGUUACAGCGCCUUCGAGAUCAAACUGCGCAGGCCAUCCAGGCCGAGAUCUCUGCACGUGAGGAGGCAGCAAGCUCGCAGUCUGUUGCUGCGCCCAGACGCCGCCCCUCACAAACAACUCGCACGCGUGAGCAGGCAGGUGGAGCACCAACGCGUUACUUUGCAACACCCGAAGGGACCAAGCUCCACCGCACUAAGGCCUGUUCCACGCUCGCCCACUCGCACAGGUUUGUUGAGUUUCAAGAAGGCAUAUUCUCAGGUGCCAUGAAUGAGGAAGCACCCACAAGAAGUUGUCUUCACCAUAGAAGCUUGCAGAAGCGAGCUCCCCCACAAAGCUUUGCUUACAAGCACUUCGAUGAUCCGUUUGAGCUGAUGUUUCAGGUCUUCUAUCUUUCAGCCACGCAGGCAGACUCAAAUUGGCUUCGGUCCGGCGACUACGCUACGGUGAAGCUUUGUACAACCACUCGCCUGGUGUUCCAUAUUUCCAUAUAUAUCCAUAUGUUCGAUAUCGAACCUUUCCAGCGCCAGUGUGAUCAGCUGGCGCGCUGCGCUCACAAACGAGCGGUGCUGGACACAGUGGUCUCGGCCCUAACUCUGCUAUGUGACGGCAUGUCCAUCAGCCACGCUCGGAAUCUUCAGAGCACAUCUGCUGAGUCGGUAGAUGCCUUGGCCUAUCGACUGAUUUUGUGUGUCUUUGCCGUCGUGGCUUGGAUGCUUUCCAAACGACGGCCUCCAAACAGUGUUUGUCGCUGUCUGGACAUCCUGAACCAAGCUCUCUUCGACUGGAUUUGGAAGCCAUCAGCAAGAUGGUGCCGCACGUCCUUUCAUGUGCAGCAGAUCUUUGGAGCUGUUACAAUGGCACGCAGUGCCAUCUGGCUCCGCAUGCACUGGCGAAGCAAUCUAGCAAAGCAGAUCGGGAGAAUGAUGCCUGCUUUUGUCCGAGAAGUUUGGUGGCCAGAUGCAACGACAAACAAGAGUGAUGCGCUGAACCUGUUCUUAAACAUGCAGCUGGCAGCUUUGCUCAGGCCGGAGGCACAGACAGACUCUGCAUGGCUUUACUGCUGGUGGCAGCGUGGUUUCAGAUACGUGGGCAUGGCCCGUGCCCGCCGUUCAGAGCAGUGCAAGUCAGGGGGCCCAGUAAGUCGUCUAGUGGAGCAUCUUUCUCUUCGCACUCGCCAGCAUCACCGAGAUUCCCAGAAGUUUCGCUACCGAAGGGCCAGGGCAUAUGCUGGCGGAGCUUUCUGGUGGCUUCCAACCUUUGUUGGGCCUGUCAACCAAGUUGCUGCCAUGGAGUUUCUCGAGAUUCAAGUCCACAAACCCAAUGCGAAUGCCAGGCCUGCCGCUGACCAAGGACGUUCUCGUUGCAAAGGCGGCCACCGAAGGCGCCCUCCGAAGUGGCGCCGCCGCAGUGCCAGCGCGAGGCCCAAGCAUGCUGCUUGGGAAGGUCACGUGGGCUCUCGCCAGCUAGACAAAAGGGUAGCUCCUUCGAUAGCCCCUGAAGAAGUCGAUCUGUCCCAGUGGUCUUUUUCACAAGCUUACAGGCAUCUGCAUCGAUGUCACAUGGCUGCCCGGGCGCUCGCUGGCCCCCUAAGCAUCUACAUGCCAAUGUUCAGGGAGCUGCUGAUGAUCUGGGCAGCCGCGGGAAAUGUUUUGGACUGGUCCUUGCUCGAAAGAACCUGGAAGGUCCCCUGUGGACCAGUCGCAGUGGCGAGACUGUGUCACCUGGUAAAAGGGCCUCAAAGGCUGAAGCGUUUGAGGAAGCUUGUGAACGAUGCCCUUGCACUCGCUCCCAUAAAGACUCCUGGCACGAUGCAAGAUGCGCUCCAGGGCCGUGCUAUGCAGAGGGUGGAGAAAGCCUGGGACGUCCCCCGGUUCUUGAAGAACAGUGAGCUGAAUGUGGAGUUCCAGCGGUGUCUAGGGAAAGCAUUUGCACUAGUUGCUGCUUGCAAGGGCUAUCGCCCGCUCAAAGAGGAAUGGCAUGCAUACCGUCGGCGCCGAGAUGCUUGCAGAGCGCAAUACAAUGCCCACACCAAAGGCAUGCAGCCUACUUCGGUCUGCUCCCUCAUACCGGAUGACAAAUGCAAGAAGUUCGCCUGGAGAAUGCCUCGGAAUGUCUAUCAUUUUCUUCUGGCGUACUUCGUGAUGCUCGCUGCCAACUGGCAAGUGACCGCCAUGUGCGCCGUGCAGGCGAACCAGCUGGUCUUUGAUCUCGUCAUUGCCCUUCUCCCUAAGCACCUCAUGAGCUUCCUCGGGAUGAGUCGGCGCACCUGGGUGUUGCCGUAUUCCUACGCAACAAUCAAGGCAAAAUGUUUCAAGACAGCUGGGCGUGCCGGUCGUAGCUGUUUCGUGGAGGGACAUUCUUGCGUCCGGAAAAUCAUCAGUUGGGCAACGUGGCCGAAGAAGUCCUGCUGGCGGAUGGUGUCCAGGGGCUUGCAGAUUGCCCUCGAGCGUGGCCCUGGAAAUUGGCAAGUCUGGAACUUACGCGAUGCCCCGGCGAUCAUCCGCAAGAGGCUCUCAGACUUGCACGUUCCAGACAACCGCUUCACAUGUGGAAGGUGUGGAUGUGCCAAGGCGCCAUGGCAGGCCACCGUGCAUGACGCUGGCCAGUUCUUCGAAUGUGUCACAGUGAAGGACGCACUGCAUGCUGCGCGUGAGACCCUCCAGAUCACCGCUGAGCGCACAGGUUGCUUCUACACAUGUGUCUUUCGCAGAAAGAAGAAGGCUGGCUUUCUGUCGCCGCACAGAUUCCGUUUCCUGCCGCGCCGAUUCCGUUGUUUUGACUUCCAAGAGCUUUUCCUGGUGUUUGCUGCUGCGGUUUCCGUCACCUACGUCUCCGUCGGUGACCGCAUAGUCAAACUCUCGACAUUGUGCAUUGGUGGCAUCAUGUCCAUGAUAGCUUCUGCCAUGGUCCUUUGCAUAAGUGAACACAAGUGGCUACAGAACCGUGCAGAGUGGCAGGCUGCGGGAUUUUCAGCUUCUUUACCCUGGUCACGCCAAGUCGCAGCCCUGCGAUACGUAGAUGACUUGCUGCAGGUGAGUGCGAUGUACUGUGCCAAAUGCUUGACGGAGGAACAGACCAUUGCAGAGGUGAUGCAUGCUUUUUGGGAAUUGCUCCAAAAUGGAUAUUCGCUGAAGUGCUUCGAGCCUGUUACUUUGCUGCAAAGUCCUGCUAAUCAGACAUUCAGGAAGAACCAGGCCCAAGCUCGCUGUUUUUCAGUUCCAGCCUUCGCCGUGAGUGCCAUGUUCCUGCCACUCCUGCAGCUGGUGCUGCUCGUGGGAUGGUUUUUGGGACCCGUUAUGGCUACAAAUCGCAUGGGAAGGAACGGUGAGCGUGCCAGACCUGGAAAGCCAAGCGGCUCUGGAAGAAGGAGCGAUGAGCGCGCGCGCCAUCCAGAAGCUGUUCAGCGCUUAGUGCUGGACAUCCGAACCAAUGAUUUGGGCAGAUCUCGCAAAAGAAGCCGCCGGAAUCGGCGCCCCUCAUCCUCCUCGGAGUCGAGCUCUUCUUCCCGCCACAAGAAGCAAGACAAACAGGAGAUCGCUCGUCUGAAGGCCCUCUUGGCAGAGAAAGAGGCCGAAGAAAGCAAGCGCGCGGCUGCACAGAAGCUGGCGGAUGAGGAAGCUGCCAGGAAGCGUGAAAUGGAAGAUUUCAAAGCGUCAGUCUUGGCACUACUUCCAAAGCAGUCGUCUCCAGGACUGCCUCCUUCAGAGAAAGGUGCGGAGCAGAAGACUGCUUUCACUGCAGAGGUGGCCCAGCGUGCGGGCUAUUUCGUGCAUGAAGUGGCCGACUUCACAGGGUGUGCCUCCUGGGAUGAUGUAGAAAGCAGGCUGAAGGAUGUCUCCAACACGAAGCUGAAGGAGAUGUUGCAGCGCAAGGGUGUUACCGAAGUACCAUCAUCCAAGCCGGCUGUGAUCAAAGCCGCCAUGCGCAGCCUGCGUGCGGAGUUUCCUCGGGUUCAAUGA